AUGCACAGGAGACCUCAGGACAUUAAAGCAGCCGUUAAAAUUUUCAAACAAGCACAACGUUUUGAAGCUGCUGGUGUUAACGAAAUAGAAAUUCUAGAGUACUUGCGUCGUAGAGGAGAAUUAACCAAGUGCAAGUGUCGCCAUAUAGGUGAGAUUACUAAUGAAGAUGGUGAAAAUGUCUUGUGUUUUGCAAAAUUUGCAUUAGUUCCCCUUUUCUCUUAAUUUUCUCGGCUGAUUCGGGGUGGGGUUGGGGAUGGGUUGGCAUGGGGGGUCUGCAGGACGGUCAAGGGAAGGGAUAAUAGAUGACGUCAUAAUGCACGAAAUAUGACAUCAUCUGUGCAAAAAAACAUUCGAAAAAGAUGUUGUUGGAAUUGUAACAUUUGUGCCUGAUUGGUUUACUUUCCACCAAUCACAAUAUUACUUUUAUUAUAAUGGCAUACUGGGGUUUCUGAGGAAAUGUUUGAUGUUAAACGUUAAAUAGCUCAAACAACGCAAAGUAUUUGAAAUUUCAUUGACAGAAAGUUGCAUCUACAAGAAAUUGCAAACUUCGGCAAUUAUCCGGGAGACUUCAGACUCUAAUCUGGAGACCGGGAGAAACUGUUCAAAAUCGGGAGUCUCCUGGAUUAUGCGGGAGAGUUAACAGCACUGGGUCUGGGGGGAGAGGGAGAAGAAAUGCUUGCUUUCAUGUCUGAGGAAUUUAAAUUUCUGCAUCUAAAAAGUCAUUGCAAAAUGCUGAUCGGUGUUGAUUACAUUUGGCAUCAUGGCUACAAGGUAGAAAUGCAUAGAGUAAACAGAGAUUCCAUUUGCGAAGGCUGCAAAGAAGUUUUGGGAUUUUUGGUAAUGUAUGCUUUAAUAGACCAUUUUACAGUUAUGGGCGUAGUAUCCUAGCCUUUGAGGAAUGUGAGGCUGAGGUUGACCUUGCUUUGACACAAACCUCUUUUCUUUUCUGAUGGAAAUUAUACUUAAAAAAUACUACUCGGCAUAAGAACAACAUGAUUUACAUAAUAAAGCAGGAAGGGUUGUAUCAAAACAAGGUCAACUCCAGCCUCGUUUUCACCUGUAACUGUCAAAUGGGCUAUUUGAGACCCAAAGAAACUUAACUGCCAUUGUUUAAGUCUAAGAUACCUCAGCUUCUACACUGCUAGAUGAUAAACUGCUUCUCUUAAUCAGUUACAAUAUAUUUACCUUAUACACAGGACUGUCACCAAGAUUUCAAGGUGGCAGCUGUGUGCAGUAAAUAGUUGUUGAGAAAUUGAACAGAUAAGAAUUUCUCUGGCUCUAUUUUCUACUUUUUUUCUUACAAAAGUAGCUCGAGGUUGUGUGAGUUGUAGCCACGGGGGAAAAUCCUCAGCCAUCAGUCCUUCUUGACAACCCUGAUCAUACGCAUUUAUUGAAUUCUGUCCCACUGCCAUUUGUCAUGCUCCAAGUGAGUCUAACGCACAUGGAUAAAACUGCAAUGACUCAUACCAGCCCAUGUUUGUGGACCAUGCCUGCCUGUGGGGGAAGAAUUUGAUCUGUUAUAAUCUUAACUGACACAUUUGCAAAAAUAUAUUAUAAAGCAAAGUCAAGUCAAGCCUUGGUGACCCAGUUUAAAAUUUGGAAAAUAAAACACUAAUAAAAGAUAAGUUGGAGGUUGGAAUGUGCUUGGAAAUCUUUCAGAUGUCUUCAUGCAGUUAUGAUCAGGUCUUUUACAAAAAAUCUUGGCACUUACCCUCAUGAUAAAAAGCUUGUCCCUAUAACUAAAAAAUGAGUUGGCAUGUAUAAGAUCACAAUGGAUGAAUUUUUGUUCAGAUGAAAACUCAUGCACUUAGGUGUCAAGUUCAUGUGGAACCACCCUAACCAAAUUAAGAUCCUAGAUGCCCAACUGUUCAAAAAUUUGAAUGCCAAAAUCAAGGUCAAAUUUUAAGCUGGUACAAUUGAAAUUUGACUGGUACGGUGUGAACCCUAUUACUGUCAAAUUUUUUGUCCUUUAAGGGCAUGGUUGCAUGGAUGCAUGGUAACUCAGCUGGGAGUCACUAUUUGUGAUUUGCUAAAGUACGGUAGCAAUAGGGCCAUCUAUACGAGGAAAAAUAAGACGCGUCUUACAUAAGAUGUGAACUGUACGAUUUAUACGAGCAUGUCUUAUCUAAGACGAGAACAGCUCGUAUAAAUGGUUCACGUCUUAUUUCUGUUCUUGACUUGUUUUCAUGUGAAUGUUGCCCAUAGCAACGGCAAUCCAACAUGGCCCACCAAAAAUUAAUGCAUGUGUACUAUGCGUUCGCGUCUUAUGUAAGAUGCGAAGGUCAUUAAUUUUAUACGAAGUUUUUCUCGAAUUAGCUAAGACGUGUCUUAUCUAAGAACAGGUGUUAAGGGCUGUUCUAAAAUAAGACGCGCCUUAGCUAAGUCGCGUCUUAUUUUAGACGAAAUGUGCCGUUUAUACGGAAAGUUUGCGUCUUAUUUAAGGCGCGUCCUAUGUAAGAUGCGUCUUAUUUUUCCUCGUAUAAAUGGCCCUAAUCUGUGCAUGGCCAGAUGUUGUUGUCAAUUCAUCUUUGUUAUUGUAAUUUUUUUAUUUUUCUCUACUUUUCAGCAUGGUUGAUAGAUUACUUCUCAUACAAAGGUGUGAUGCACUUGGUAUUUGACAGGCUUGAUUGCAACCUUCAUCACAUCUUACUGAAGAACUCAAACAAAGGUCUUCCUCUUUACAUUGUCAAGGAAUGUGCAAGGCAUAUUUUAGAAGCCCUGAGAUUUUUAGCUGCAAAUAUGGUUGUUCAUGGUGAUGUCAAGAUGUCCAAUAUUAUGUGGAAUGCAAACAGAGGACUUUUUCAACUUGUAGACUUUGCUCUGAGCUUUGUAAAGGAAAAUCAAGUAAGAUAGAUUACUUAGUAUCAUCUUUUCAAAUUUAGGGGUUUAUAUCAUUUUAAUAUCAGUAAUAUACUUCAUAAAAGUUGUUUCUAAAAAGAUUAUUGUUAUAGCUGUUAUAUUAUUAUUAUUAUUAUUAUUAUUAUUAUUAUUAUUAUUAUUAUUAAAAGUAUGAGUAAUUAUAAGUUUAAAUUAUGCUGUUAACUGUCGCUUAUAAGCCCUUGGCUUGUAGAUCUUUGUUUGGGUUUUUAGGAGGGGCUUAUAUGUAAGGGGGAUUAUAACCAAUGUCCAAUCUCUAAUGUUCAUCAAGAGUCAACUAAACAGAGUAAGGAAAUGCAGGGACCAAAUCUAGGUGUUGGUUUUAGCGAGGUGUCUGUCUUAUAGAGGUGUCCGUUCAGAGAGAGUUGAAUGUGUAUUUUUUGAUCUCGAAUGCAAUUAAAAAAAUAAGCAAAAUAUAAAUAAAGCAACAUAUGAUAAUGAUGUUAAGUGGAAGCACAUCUAUAAAAUGGUCCGUUGUCUACCAUUCUGGACUGAAUUGGAAUUUGCGAUUUGUCAUAUUCCCAGUUGAACAAGUUUUUGAAAGACCUUAUCCACACAUGCCAUCAUGUUAGACCUUCAAAGUUUUCAGAGGUAAUUAACACUCAAUACAGAAUCCAUGAGGCAUCAGUAAUGAGUUUUUUUGUUUGAAAAAAAUUAUACAGCAGUAAUGUUUAUAUCAGAAAAUAAGCUGCAAAUUUCAAUCUUUAGCCUUACCAGCCACUUCAGAGUGCUGGUUGUCAGAGCCCUGAGGCUGGAAUGUGGAAUAGAAUGGUUAUUGAAGGCACUGCUGACAGAAGCAAUUCAGUGAGUAUAUGCUUACAUUUAUUCAAAACAGUUUGAAAUCAUAAUAUGAAUAUGGCACUGUCUAAUCAGGAGGAACAUAUAUGAACAAAAGAAAACCCAUUUAAACCCUUUUAUAGUGAAUGGCUUGACGUCACUUAUGAGUGAUUAACACAUUUACCCCAAAGAAUUUUGCUGGAAAACAUGCUUUGAAGUUAUUCAAGCCAUUUUCUGGUCACUGUCUGUCUUUAAAGAGCUAGAACUUACCACAAAGCCAUUUAAAACCUAGUGGCCUUCUGAUCCAGAUUCAAAAUAUUAGCUUGCGAAGUUUAGGCUUCAUUUUGGUGGAAAAAGCUUUUGGGAAAUCUUAAUAGGAUCUUAGGAUUAGAUGAAUGGAAAGGUAGGUGGGUAGUGGUUGGCCUCCUUUACUGAAUCGUGCUCAUUCUGGUAUGGUUUGAAAGAUCUCUGCCCCCUGCACAAGUUAGCUGACAAAGUUGUCCUUGACUCUUAAAACUGAUGAAGUCACAGGCUGUAGGAGAGACAUGGAUCCCCAUGCACACAAUGAGGUUAUGGACGGUUCAGGGGUGAAUGGGUCAAACAGUAUUUUAGAAUUUGAUAAUUUUCAAGAAUUUUAAAUUAUAUGGUUGUUUAUCACUAACAGUAGCCGUGUGCCAUUGCACUGCGUUUCAUUUUUGCUAGGGAUGCUGCUGUGCCAGUGAUAUGUGGAGUUUCGCCUUUGUGCUGUGGUACAUGUACACAGGGACCCCAGCAUGCAGAUAUGAAACAGACAACCCAGUCUGUGACAACUGUUUAAAGGCAGAGGUACAUUGAAACCAUUCCCCUUUCAGCAGUUUUUUUUUUACUUUCUUUGUUUAGACAAGGAAAAACAAAAUUUGCAGUACUGAAUAGGUAUUUUAUCUGCAUGAAUGAUUACACCAAAAGAUUUUGGGCACAGCCUCAAAAAACACUUCAUACCAAACAUAUAGUACCAUGUGCAAGAACUACUGAAACGUUUUCAUUUAAUUUGUCACACCAUCAGAGACUCAAUUUAGGUUUCUGAGAAACUGCCCACCUACCCCUCCCUAACCCAACAUUUUGCUCAAAGUAAGUAAGAAGUAAGUGUUAAUGUUAGCCUAGGAGAGGGGUAGGUGGGCAGUUUCCCAUUAACCUAAAUUGGUCCAUUAGAACUACUUGAGGGGAGUGAAUUUUUUUUUUCUUAAGAGGUUAAUGGUAAGAGCACUGCACUGAUUCCUUAGAGGUCAUGUGUUCAAAUCCCGUUCAAGGCAGAAAUUUUUCAGGCUUUCUUUUCACAGCGGCUUAAUUUGCAUACACUUUUAGUCUUAAACUUAAAAUGAUAAAAAAUUUGCUCAGAGGGCGAUGUUAGAAGAUUACUGCGACCUGAUUGGCUCACUUUUGUUUUGUUUCUCUGAUGUAGGAAAUUCUUUGCCUUCAUUUGAAACAAAUUAAUACUCAAAUACCGAAUGAUGGAAGGAAGAUCACGGCUGAACAUCAUGAGUUAUUUCAUGAUUUAAUCAUGAAGUGAGUAAGUAUCAUAUUAAAAUAUAUUAUAAAGACAAACUGAAGUUCUUAAAAGUCCACCUGCUGGUAGUCCUAGUCAAAACAAAGAAUAUUAUUUUCUAACUUUUUUAUGAACUGAGAAACCUCCCUCUUGCAAGUCCGUAUUGUGUACUGUUUGCAUGAAACUGUUUGUUUUUUGCUGUUUGUAUAAAACCUGUAAAUUACUACUAUUAUUUGUAUGACAGUUGUACUUGCAGUAACAGAUUAUAUUUCCAUUUACGUUUUCAUACCUCCUCCUGAAAGGACAGCAAGUCUUCUCCACUCUAUCCAGUCAUUUGUCAGCAUUAUUAAAAAAUAAAUACAUCAUCCCACGAGAUGUCUAGGGCCUUCAGGUCAUCUCUCAUUGCGGCUCUCCAGGUUUUUUUUUGGUCUACCCCUUUUACCCAAGCACGUUUUGGUUGACGAUACCCUCAGUUCAGAAAGGGGGAAUCGUUGAUCUUAUUUUUUCCCCUAAGUUCACAUGUCUAAUGCGCAAUACAGCUUCAUUAGAAAAAAGAACAGUAAUAAACAAACGAAUGAAUACAGCUAGCCCAGAAUAAAAAUUCAGUGGGCAAGUCCAGAGACUCCUCAUCGGUGAUUGACAGGUUACCCCAACCAUGAGUAAUGGUAGAAUUCCACUGUCGCGUAUUUUUUUAAAUUUUACGCGCGUAAAUAAAAUAGAAGCAAUGUAUAAAUGGCCGCGCGUAAAAGUAAAGUUGAACGAGGUUCAACUUAAACGUUUAUGCUUGGCCUUUCAUACAUUGCCUCUAUUUUAUUUACUCACGUAAAAAAUACGCGGAAGUGGAAUUCCACCCCAAGUCUCACGGAGGUCUCCAAAGCUACGAGCAAACCGAUGCAUUAACUCCCAACAUUGUUGGGAGUUGUUGCGUCCGUGUUGGCAGUGAUGUGUAAACGGAUGCAACAACUCUCAAAACUGUUGGGACCUGCAGUGCAUUGUGGGAAGGAUACGACCCAUAAGACUUUGGAGGCCAUGUGUAAUGCGCGUGCGUGGCCCCAACAAUGUUCAGCUAGGAAGAACUGUACAAACGGAUCCAACAUUUUUCUGCUGCGCUUCGGCGAUCACGGAACAAAAGAAAUGUUGCGAGUUGUUGGCCAACAAUGUUGCGUCUGUUUUCACGGGGCUUAAAAAUUGCGCUACAUUUAAAACAUCAGCAAGCCUCUUAUGGUAUUCAGAGAAAGUAACAAAUGACUAAUUUGUUUUCUUUAUUAGGAUGAUAAAAUGUAAACCAGAGGAAAGGAUAACGUCUUCUAAUGCUCUGCAACAUCUGUUUCUAGAGCCGUCUGCUGAGUUGCUUAUUCCUAGUUUGGCAGAUAUGAUGCUACUUCCGACCACCACCCUGCUAAUGGACAACGUCUAUUUACAACAUGGUGAAGAUCUUUUUUUUUUCUCAUACAGUUAAACCCUGUUAAUAGGAACACUGAGCAAAAUGUUGGCUUAAGGGAGGCAUAGGUGGGCAGUUUCCCAGAAACGUAUAAUCAUGAUCCGAAGUACGCUUCUGGGAAACUGCCCACAUACCCCUCCCCUAAGCCAACAUUAACGCUUACUUCUCACAUAGGGCAAAAUGUUGGCGUAGGGGAGGGGUAGGUGCAGGGCAGUUUCCCAGAAACGUAUAAUAAUCCAUAUUUUCUCUAAAUCAAACCCGCUUAAUACGGACACCCAUCAGUAGAAACACUUUCUAUGACCCCCUCAGUGUCCUUAUUAACAUGGUUUGCCUGUAUUUGUUAGCUUGCGAAAGUGGCGUCAUCAGAAUAGGUUUAUAGUGCCUUUCGGUGGCGGAGUCUCUUGCAAAGCAACGAGGGAAUUGAAUUUGUUUCGUCGUCCACAUUCCUUCAGUCAGUGCAAGUUUUUUCUUUUUGUUUUUUUGACCAGUUUUGCCGCUCAGAGAAGAUAUGGUUGUUUUGUAUUUAAAAAAAGGUUAAUUUUUUUCUAAUCAAGCACGGGAAACUUGCUUUCGAAAAUAUCACUGUCUGGCAGUUACUCAGAAAACUUUCAAAUGUAAAACCCCCUCUCUUAACACUAACAUUAAUCGCCUUAAUCUAUUACGUCUUACUUUUUGUAUAGCGGACUCUCUGAAGGACGUUGAGGAAAUGUGUGCAAGGUUUGGUGUUAUUCGACAAGUCACAAGAGGUUCGGAUGGAAAGGUAAUUAUGAAUAAAAUAAGACAAACAACCUCUGAAGAUUUAUAACAUAGCGAGUUGCAAAUGUCCGAAACAAAUAGUUUGAGUUGAACGUAAGCGACAGUUUAAUAGCCCCAUCUGGCAGGAAGUGGAAGUUUUCAGGUCGGUGUAAUUCUUCAUACGCUAUUCGAAGAAAUGUUUUACCCAAAUUUAUAGAGCUUUGUAUGGACAGGGGCGCCAACGUGAUGGCUGGAAACCACUUGCCAUCUGUCUGUUACCGAGUUUUCCUUCGAAAGCGUGAAUUCAUCCCUCGGCGAAUUCAUAAACAUAAAAAUAAUGUUUUUCCUAUUACAAGGACUGUUCAGACUGUUCAGAUAGUUCUUUAUUUUUUAAUAUUCUGUUGACGUCAUGCGAAAACCAGGAACUCACCAUUUUCACAUAAACCAUAACGCACCUUUUUACCUCCCAAAAAUUUUCAUCACCAUUGUUUUCGACUUCUCUUGGGACGACUGUAAUACCUAGGAGAAACUGAAAACCACGAUUGUGUAAAAUUUUUGGGUCAAACAAGGUGCAUUACGGUAUAUGAUAAAUAACCAAUAAAACAAGCGAUCGAGUCUUCAAAACAGUCUCUUGGUGCUAUUGGACGCGCAACCACAGAAUAGCCAAUAGGCUAAAAUUAGGUCUGUUCGUCCUCAGGUAUUGAUCCAAUACUUUGACGCAGAUGAAUGCUCGCGGGCUCAUAGUGCUCUUACUGGGUGGAUAUACAAUGACAGAACAGUCAUUACGUGCUUUUAUCUUUCUGGAAAAUCUAGCAUUCACGAGAUUUUUACACCGGUUGAGCCCACACAGCAGAAAAUCCAUGACAACGGACGUCCCAAUACCCUUGGGAAAAGAAGUGUUGAUUCAGAAAGUGAGUCUUCUGAGAAAGAUAAUGUCAAAUGUAUGAAAAAUAGUAACGAAAAUCUUGAUAUUGACCUGAAAGUAAAAACUUCUUUUUGA